ACAAUAAUUAACAACUUCACAGAAUACUCGAUUAACUGGAUAACUCAUUGGGUCUUUUUCCUUAUUUGGCUUUGCGCUUUGUAUAUAUGUACCACCACUCCCUCCUAAGGAAGAUUCGUAGAAAUAUCUUCAAUCUUUGCUUCUUUCUCGGUAAACCCAAGAACUGAAGGAUGGGUCAAGCACUUGGUUGCUAUCAAGUUGACCAGUCAAAUGUGGCUAUCAAAGAGCAUUUUGGAAAAUUUGAUGAAAUUCUGGAGCCUGGAUGCCAUUGUUUACCUUGGUGUCUUGGUUACCAGAUAGCUGGUGCACUAUCACUACGAGUGCAGCAGCUUGAUGUUCGUUGCGAAACGAAAACCAAGGACAAUGUAUUUGUCACUGUGGUUGCGUCCGUGCAAUACCGAGCUGUGGCUGACAAAGCAUCUGAUGCCUUCUAUAGGCUUUCAAACACAAGGGGGCAGAUCCAAUCAUAUGUUUUUGAUGUUAUUCGCGCUAGUGUGCCAAAAUUAGAGUUGGAUGCGGUGUUUGAACAAAAGAAUGAUAUAGCAAAGUCUGUUGAGGAGGAGCUUGAGAAGGCCAUGUCUACCUACGGAUAUCAGAUAGUCCAGACCCUGAUUGUGGAUAUCGAACCUGACACUAAUGUUAAGAGAGCCAUGAAUGAGAUCAAUGCAGCUGCUAGACUGAGGGUGGCUGCAAAUGAGAAAGCUGAAGCAGAAAAGAUUCUGCAAAUCAAGAAAGCUGAGGGAGAGGCAGAGUCCAAAUAUCUGUCGGGACUCGGUAUAGCUCGCCAACGCCAGGCCAUUGUGGACGGGUUGAGGGACAGCGUCCUUGCAUUCUCUGAAAACGUGCCUGGAACAACGGCCAAGGAUGUGAUGGACAUGGUACUGGUGACUCAGUACUUUGAUACUAUGAAGGAAAUCGGUGCAUCUUCAAAGUCCUCAUCGGUGUUCAUACCUCACGGCCCUGGUGCAGUGAGGGACAUUGCUACGCAGAUUCGAGACGGCCUCCUUCAGGGAAAUGCCUCACAGAACUUAAUUUAAAGCUUUUGCCAGGAAUGGUAAAAGUGACAAGAUAAUGUGCAUGUUAGUUUUUCUUUCCGGGUGAAUACUCAUUGUGAAUGCUUGGUGUCUAUGCUUAUAUUGUUUUAUAAAAUAGUAAGGAGUGAAUAGGAGAAAGUAUAGUAUGCAAUAACAUAUGCUUAUAUUCAAUUUUGAAUGUAUAGUUUGAUGACAAUCAUAUAUCAAAAUUGCUUGGCAAUCGUAUUAUUAUUAUUAUUGUGAAA